AUGGCACAGCAGGCACAUGUGGACGUGCGUCAGGAAAGGGAUGAGCAGCAAGAUGCACGCCAGCAGGAAGCUGAGGAGACUCGCCUCAAGGAGCUGCUGUACAGGGCCGAGACAGAGCGCCUGCAGCUGCAGCAGCGCGCCGGCGCCUUGGAGCGCGCGGGCGACGUGGCGGCCGCCGCUGCCGAGCAGCUCCGCGCGCGCAUCGCGGAGGGCGCCGCCGCGCUGGCGGCCAGCGAGCGCCGCUGCGCUGAGCUGGCGGCGGCGCGGCAGGACCUCGAGGCGCGGCUCGCCGUGGCUGUGCGGGAAUACACGGCGAACGACAUCCUGGCCGUCGGCCUGAGGGAGCGAAUCGCGUCGCUGGCGCAGCGGCUGCGCGAGAGCCAGGACGUGUGUGCCGGCCAGGCAGCCAGGAUCGCGAGCUUCCAGGGCGAUAUGGACGCCCUCGCCUCAUCCAAUGCGUCGCUGACCACCGUGGUCGCCGGCCUGGAGGGCGCGCAGCUGCGCCUGCAGCAGCUGCUGGAAGCUGCCGAGCGGGCCAGGGAGCAGGGGGAGCUGGAGCUCGCGGACACUCGGGACCGGCACCGGCGGGAGGAGGAGGGGAUGAGGGCGGCGGUCGCGGCGGCGCGGGCGGAAGCGGAGGGGGCGGCGGCGCAGGCCGCGGAGGUGGGGGUCCAGCUCGCGGCGCGGCAGGCUGAGCUGGAGGAGGCAGGGUGCAGGGCCCGCGAGGUGGAGGCCGAGCUGUCUGACAUACGGCACCUGGCCAUCCUGCUGGCCAAGACGGCCCAGCUGCAGGGCGCGCAGGCGCUGCCCCCCUCGGACCACGCGGUCUGGGCGGCGACCGGCGCGCUCGGCGGCGUGCAGCACACGCUGGACGUCGUGAUGAGUCACCUCAAGGCCCAGGAGUCAAAGGUCAGGGCGGGCGUGUCCCAGGCGGAGCUGCUGCAGGACCGCCUCACGGCAGAGAGCAACGAGAGGGCGGUGCUCGCGCAGGACCUGCGGGACGCCCAGCUGCUGUAUGCCAAGGCUGUGGCCGACAGGGAGGGCUUCGAGUCGCGCGCCGCCGCCGCAGAGGCGGAGAAAAAGCUGGCGGCGGCAGACCUCGACCGCGCGAAGCAGCAGGCCGCCGGCGACGCGGCGCGGCUGCGGGAGCUGCAGGACAGCGUGCUGGCCCUGACUGCCCAGGUGGCGGCGCUGCAGCCGCUGGCGCCCAGGGUGGACACCCUUGAGGCGGAGAAUGCUUCGCUGGAGGGAGCCCUAGAGCGGACUGACGAGGCCCUGCAGGUUUGGCUCCUGCACAGGGCCGUUGCGUGCCGCAUACUAGGCAAGGCGCUGCUUUUCAUCGCUGCCGCCGGGGCUGUGAACACGUACGGUGCUUGCGUGUCGCCUGGCGUGUGA